GUGAGGACGCGCGAGCAGGAAAAGACAGCCGAAAAAGAACGUGAUCUAAGUGUACUUGUGGAAGAAGUGGAACUCUUACAAGCUGUAGCGAUGUUUUUCUGCCGAUUAGCAUUAAUAGUGUCAAUGGUAAUGAUGGUAACCAAAGCUCAUCCAUACAUUGCUCCUGGAAACGAUUCAACAGCAGCUUAUGCUGAUUUACAGGUUUUUGGCACGGCAUUGUUUAAUCUGAAAACCUAA